AUGACUGUACCCUCUUUUUCAGGCUUUGUGGGGCCCCCCAGCAUACAAGCCUCCCCUCAAUAUGAGGGGCCCCCCGGGGGCCCCCCCCUUAUAUCUGGGGGCCCCCAAGGGUCUUCAAGAGGAUAUACCCAUAUAAAAGGAGAGGCCCUUCCUUCACGUACCCACAAACAAGUGGGGGGCCCCCAGGGGGCCCUUCCAGGUGGGGGCCCUCCUGGGUCCUCCUUUCUUAUGGAGGGCCCCCGCGAGUCCCCCUCAUCAAGGGAACACUCUGGGGGCCCCUCUGGGGGCCCCCCUCAUGAGUACCCUCCUGGGGGACCCCCUGGGGCCCCCAGCUUAGACAGUGGACCCUCUAAGGAGUUAACGGAGAGGAAUUCGAAUAAGGAAGAAAAAGAAGAAAAAGAAGAAAGAGGAAAAAAAGAAGAAAAAGAAGAAAAAAAAGAAGAAAAAAAAGAACAACAAGAAGAACAAGAAGAAGAAGACAAUGACAACAAGGAAGAAAAAGGAGAAUUAAUGUUAAUAGAUAAAGAAGAAGAAGAAGAGGAAGAAGAAGAAGAAGAGGAGGAAGAAGAAGAGGAAGAAGAAGAGGAAGAAGAAGAAGAAAAUAAUAAUAAUUGGGCAUCGGAAGAUAACCCCACAGCAGCAACAGCAGCAACAGCAGCAGAAACAGCAGCAACAGCAGCAGACGUAGCAGCAACAGCAGCAGAAGCAGCAGCAACAACAGCAGAAGCAGAAGACGUAGAGGAUCUUCUCCCUUCUCUUAUCGAGCUGCAGCAGCAGCAGCAACAGCAGCAACAGCAGCAGCAGCAGCAUCUAGGUGUGCAGAGACAAGGGAGGCAGCAGUUUCUGCUUGUGCCUGAUGAAUGGAGACUUUAUGAGCAGCAGCAGCAGCAGCACCUGCUGCUGCAGCAGCAGCAGCAGCACAACAGUCAUGCUGCUGCAAUGCUUGGUGGUGUUAGUUCAUCAUUUAUUGCAGACACAGCAGCAGCAGCAGCACCACCACCACCACCAACAGCAGCAGCAGCAGAAGCAGCAGCAGCAGCAAUAGAAGAAAUAUCUAGCUUAUAUAGACCUUUGCUGCUGUCUUCUCUGUGUCUGCUGCUGCCGCUGCUGCUGCUGCACUCUGCUGCCUUCUUGCUGCUGUGGACUAUUGCUAAGAAAGUUGGCAAAAUAUUCGGCAUGCGUAUGCCUAAGAUUCCCUUUUAA